UAAAAUCAACUGAUGAAGUUAUUAUCCAAGAAGGAAAUAUAGUUAGGCACAAUUCAACUGGAAUAGAGUUAGUUAAGUUUUAUUCUAGUGAACUAGUUAUUAAAAAGUACGGAGUCAUUUAUCGAGGAAAACUUGAUCCUACUGGUUUUAGUGAAGAAAAAGAAUUUUAUCGUUGCGAAUUAAUACGAGAGGAAACUGAAGGAACGAGUUGA